AUGACUCGUGGCCACCCUUUCUCUGAUGAUCUUCGACAAGUUCUUAUCUAUAUGGGCACACGUUGCACCUUCUCGGAAGUAAUGGCUCAAACUGGUGUCCCUAGAAGCACGCUUCGAGCCCUCUUUGCAGAGUACAAGAAGAAUGGGCAUGUUUUGUGCACAAAGGAGUCUGCAUAUGAGAUGCGAGGACGAAAGAGAAAGCUCACUAUAGCCAAUGUUGGGGUUCUGAUAUUGGCCAAGUUCCUUACAGGAAACAUUUGGCAGAGAAAUGAUCUCUAUCUUGAUGAACUCCAAGACCUUGUUUCUAGUCGUCUUGGAAUAAGUGUUGAUGAUUUAACUAUUUGGAGAACACUUCAUAGACAAGGCUUUACUAUGAAGAAGUUGAGUCAGGCUGCCCUUGAGCGCAAUGAAGACCGGUGA